GGGGACAUAACUAGCCACGAGCUUCAGUCCACGUUUGGCCGUCGACCAUGGAAGGUCUUCUAAAUGCCAGUGACAAUAAGAUGGAGCUGAAGGAUGCAAUCAAUUUAUCGGAUCUUCGAGAAAGCUCCGAGGCCAUGUUUGAACUGAAGAAAGGUGAAAUUCAAAAUGAUUCUGAGCUUCAAGACCUGGAAGGUGGUGACCGCUGGAAUCACGAGGACUUCAAGAACUUGUACAACGAUAUAGCAUUUGACAAUGACAUCAUCACAAUGCCAUACGCGGAGCAAGCCCUCAACAUGACCGACAUAUCUGGAGAUGGAGGUGUCCGCAAGAUCAAGGUUAGGUCUGGACAAGGACCUCUCGUACCAUCCGAUGCUGUCGUCCAAGUGCAUUACACGGGGUUCUUUGAAUUUGCUGAUGAGCCCUUCGAUUCCAGCAGACUGAGGGGGGAAGUCUUCAAGUUCCGGCUAAGAAAAGAUAUGGUAAUCCCAGGCUGGGUGAUAGCUGUGACCACCAUGCAGGUUGGAGAGCUGUCGCGGUUUCUAAUCAGCCCCGAGUAUGGAUUUGGUGACUUUGGGUGUCCACCGAGGAUCCCCCAGUCCAUCACAGCUCUCUUUGAGAUUGAACUCUUGUCCUUUGUCGAAGACGCUGGCAUUGAAGAUUAUUUUCAAAUGACGGAAGAAGAGAAAAGUCAGAUUCCAUUUGACCAAAUCCUAAAGAUUGCCAACAUGGAGAAAUCGUUUGGUACAGAAUUCUUUAAUGCCAAGAAAAUUCGAAAGUCUUACAACAAAUACCGUUUGGCCCUUCUGGUACUCGACGAGUAUGUGACGUGCAACAGUGAAGAGGAACGUCAGAUCCAAGGGUUACGCCUUUUGGUUCUCCUAAACAUGGCCCUCUGUUGUCUCCGUCUCAACAAUGCCACCAAGGCCAUCACAUACUGCCAGAAAGCUCUGGCAAUUGACAAGAACAACGCUAAGGCGUUUUACAGAUUGGGACAGGCAUACCAGAUGCUGGGCAAAUACGACGAGGCAGUCACCAACCUGAAGCUGGCUCAGAAGUUGCGGCCAACAGAUCCGAAUGUUUCACAACAACUGCAGAAACUGCACAGUGAUGUCCUCCAAUACAAAGAAGACGAGAAAGCAAUGUACAAGAAAAUGUUUUGCCAAACCACAAAGAAAUCACAGUCAUCUUUAUUUCCUUCGAAUCGGGAGAACAUGGUUCAGGAAUCGGACGAGAAAGUUGUCGAAGUUUCUGAAGAAUUUAAAGAAAACGUCAACAAGUACCUUAAGAACUUCCUCUCAGACAAUUGCCGGAGUGAGUGUCCAAUGCCAGCCUCCAGUAUGACCGUGGCCGAGAUAGCCUAUGUCCUCGAAAUGGUUGACGAUAUGAAACUCACAGCUGUACAGACUGGUUCGGGUGAGAACAUCCAGAUCGAAAUCCGUAAGAACCGCAACAACACGAGCAACAACAGGAGAGUGAAGAAGCGUGAAACGGUGUGGCGGUGAAUUGUUACGAGGUAGGAGACGCACAGACAGACAACUGUGAUUACACAUCUCCACACAUACAUGCUUAAAUAUGCAUACACACACUGUGUGUGUGUGUAUAUAUUCACAUACAUACUCGUAUAUAUGUAUAAAAUUAAUACACAGCUGAAAGAUAUACAGAAUAGUUUCAUGCUAUUAUGGUACUGUAUAUGGAUUUACAGAUUAUGCCGUUUGUGUUAAAGCUAUCUUUCAGGUGCUGUUUAUGAAUUAUAAGAUACUAGCAGUAUCGCCCGGCGUUGCUCGGGUUUGUAAGGGAAAUAACUAUA